AUUUCAUUCGUUCUUGUGAGCUCGUCGAAGUAGCAGUGAUUCUUGAAGUGGUGCAAGCCGGUAGAAGAGACCCCCAAUUUACAGCAGAACUGAACUCAGCAAAGAUCAGCGAUUUUGCGACGCAAUGGAUCCAUCAAGACAGCAGGGACGCGGCCGCGGCCGUGGCGAUAAAAAAGGUGCUGCUGGUGGUCCGGGAUCACAACCUAAUUGGAAACAGUCCGGUGGUGGUGACGGCGAAGCAUCUGGUGGUGGUGGUUCAUCAUCAGCAGGAGCAGUAGUUUCUUUAGUCCCGGCAGGUGGAAGCGACGGUAGUGCGUCGAUCUCGACGGUGGCCGUUCCGCGUGGCGAGGGCGCAGCACAAGGUGGCCGCGGGGCUAUCAGGAGCAAGCGCUACAUACCGGAGAUAGUAGUAACGCGCCUGGCAGCUACUAAACAAGGAAGUUCAGGACAGCCUAUUAAGUUGCAAGCCAACUACUUCCGGUUGGUAAGGAAGGAAAAGAGUGUGAUAUUCAAAUAUCGCAUAGAUUUCGAGCCGCCUGUGGAGGACACAGGGCUCAUGCACGCUCUGCUGAGGAGCCAGGCGCCAGUAUUUGGACCGUAUAUAUACGAAGGCACAAUGUUGUUCCUUUACAACUGCUUGAAAAACGAAGAGACGGAGAUACAGGUGAGGGAUGAACGCACGAGUAAUUUGUACCAGCUGAAGAUCCGGCACGUUGGCACGGUGGAUAUGACUACGGAAGCGGCCAUGAUGGUACUUAACUUGUUGCAUCGCCAGGCAUUGGCCAGCCUGAAGCUGUUGGAGUUGAACCGUCAUUAUUUCGACCCAGAAGCAAAAAUCGCCGUCCCAGAGUUCAAUCUAGAGUUGUACCCGGGGUACAUAACCUCGAUAAGACAACACGAGAAGGAUAUUCUAAUGUGCGUCGAUGUGACCCAUCGUGUGGUUCGCACCGACACAGUCUACGCGCGCAUGGCUGCGAUCGGAAAUAAAGAGCAGUUCGCAAGAGAAGUCAUCGGCUCCGUUGUCAUGUGCGUUUACAACCAGAAGACGUAUAAAAUUAGUGACGUCGAUUGGAAUACGACGCCGUCUUCAUCCUUCACGAAAAAAGACGGGACGACGAUAACAUUUUUGCAGUACUUCAAAGAUGCGUACAACCGACAGAUCCGCGAUCCAAAACAACCGUUGCUGGUGUCGACCCCGACAAUGCGCAUGCAGCGCUCGGGCAUCACGACACCGAUCUAUCUGGUGCCCGAGCUGUGCCAAACCACGGGCAUUACAGACGACAUGCGCAAUAACAUGCGUUUAAUGCGAGCCAUCGCCGACCACACCCGGAUUGGUGCGGAUAAACGCAUAGAGCGGUUGGAAAAGUUUAACCAGCGCCUGAAUACUUCGCCGGCAAGCCGCGAAGUGUUCACUUAUUGGAAAACCGAGCUGGAUAGGCGCCUCGUAGAGUUACCAGCUCGCGUACUGGCUCCAGAAACAAUAUAUUUUGGCGGAGACAGGACCGCACCCUCUGGUCCAGAGGCGGAUUGGACAAACGCUUUCCGCGGAAACCGAAUGUUCAAGGUGGUGCCACUGCAACGCUGGUUUGUGGUAGUUGAGCGGCGUAGUGAAGGCACGAUCAACGAUUUCAUUCGCACAUUGACAAAAGUGUCGGAAGGUUUGGGGAUGCAGAUCGCACCGCCGCAAUUUACGGUCAUUCAAACUGACCAGAUGAAUAAUUACGUACAAGCUCUCAACCAAAUCGUCAACCAGGACCCGCAGCUCAUCAUGUGCGUAGUAUCGAACGAUCGUGCCGAUCGCUACGGCGCGAUCAAGAAGAAAUGCUGCGUAGAUCGUGCUAUCCCGACGCAGGUCAUCAAAUCGCGCACCAUAACCCCAAAGAAUGGCAAUCCCAACAGCCUGAUGUCGGUGGGAACUAAAGUCGCGAUCCAGUUGACGUGCAAGCUGGGAGGAAUACCUUGGAUGGUCAAGAAUCCGCUCACCAGUGUCAUGAUUGUUGGAUUCGACGUGUGCAACGAUACGCACGAUAAAUCCAAGUCUUACGGCGCACUCGUGGCUACCAUGUAUGCCCCGAACCAAAGGGAACCACGUUACUUUUCUAGCGUGGAACACCACAGCCGGGGCGAAGAGUUGUCGAACUUUAUCUCGACCAACAUUACGAAAGCUCUGCGUAGCUACCAGAGCCAAUUCGGGACACAAGCGUUACCGCGUCGAGUAAUCAUUUACCGCGAUGGCGUUGGCGAUGGACAGCUGAACCAUGUCGUCGAACACGAGGUGCAAACCAUCAAGAAGCGCCUCACUGAAGCCUACGCAGGCAACAAAGAAGAAAUCAAGCCUCAGAUGGCAGUGCUUGUCGUCAGUAAGCGCAUCAACACUCGCCUGUUCUUGGGCAAAAGCAACCCAAGACCUGGAACUGUGGUCGAUGACGUCAUCACUCUACCGGAACGGUCGGACUUCUUCCUCGUGUCGCAGUCUGUACGCCAGGGCACGGUGUCGCCGACAUCGUACAACAUCAUCUUCAACGAGAGUGGCUUGACGUCUGAUCAGCUGCAGGUGUACUCCAGCAAGCAGACGCUGCUGUACUACAAUUGGUCUGGGGCCGUACGAGUACCGGCAGUCUGCCAGUAUGCUCAUAAGCUGGCAUUUUUGGUAUCCCAGUUCAUCAAACAACAGCCUCACGAAGCGCUGGAACAGCGACUGUACUAUCUGUAAGGUACAGAUAAGGUCGCAUUGGGCGCGUGGAGGCGAAAACGAAACAGCAAAGCCACAGGUGCCAUCAUUUUUACAUUUUGAU